AUGCACUCACUAAUAUUUUACGUUGCUUCAUUGCAGCAACUGACAAAAUUGACAGGGGAAUAUGACCAGCUUUUAAGCGAAUUCGAAGGCAGUCGACUGCGUGAAGCGGAGCUGCAGAAACAUGUCGAUGAACUGCGUCAGGGCUCCGAAACUGUUAGCACGAAAUCAGUGCAGCAAAUGCAGUUGAUGGAGAAGGAGCUUGAAAUGAUUCGAGAAGAGAACAAUGUUUUGCAUGCUGCAAACGAAAAGCUCGUGCAGAACUCACUGACUACAGAACAGCUGACCAGGAGCAAUGACCUUCAGCAACAAACCGUACGAAGUGAUGUUUCGGAGAAACAGCUCAGCGAAGCUCUUGCAAAAUGCUCCGAACUUGAGAAAAGUUAUCGGGAACUUAUGCGUACGAAAAUCGAACUCGAAGAAAAAUUGAAGCAUCUGGAAAGACUGCGGGCUGACAAACAAGAAAUGCAGAUGGAGGAGGAUAAGGAAGCACUGUUGAACGGCAGAAUACCUAUCCGUGUACGACUACUGGUUGCUUUUUGCAUAAGCUAA